AUGGGCGGCCCCGGGAACAGCAGCGACGGCGCGGAGGGCGCGCAGCUGCCGUGCGACGAGCGCCUGUGCUCGCCCUUCCCCCUGGGGGCGCUGGUGCCGGUGACGGCCGUGUGCCUGGGCCUGUUCGCCGUCGGCGUGAGCGGCAACCUGGUGACGGUGCUGCUGAUCGGCCGCUACCGCGACAUGCGCACCACCACCAACCUGUACCUGGGCAGCAUGGCCGUGUCCGACCUGCUCAUCCUGCUGGGGCUGCCCCUCGACCUGUACCGCCUGUGGCGCUCGCGGCCCUGGGUGUUCGGGCAGCUGCUGUGCCGCCUGUCGCUGUACCUGGGCGAGGGCUGCACCUACGCCACGCUGCUGCACGUGACGGCGCUGAGCGUCGAGCGCUACCUGGCCGUGUGCCGCCCGCUCCGCGCCCGCGCGCUGCUGUCCCGGCGCCGCGCCCGCGCGCUCAUCGCGGCGCUCUGGGCCGUGGCGCUGCUGUCGGCCGCGCCCUUCUUCUUCCUGGUGGGCGUCGAGCAGGACGCGGGCGGCCCCGGCCUCAACGGCAGCGCGCGGCUGGCGCGGGCGCCCUCCCCGCCGCCGGGGCCCGAGGCGGCGCUCUUCAGCCGGGAGUGCCGGCCCAGCCCGUCGCAGCUGGGCGCGCUGCGCGUCAUGCUCUGGGUCACCACCGCCUACUUCUUCCUGCCCUUCCUGUGCCUCUGCGUCCUGUACGGGCGCAUCGGCCGCGAGCUGCGGAGGCGCCGGGGGCCGCUGCGGGGCCGGGCCGCCUCGGGGCGCGAGCGGGGCCACCGCCAGGCCGUCCGCGUGCUGCUGGCCGUGGUGCUGGCGUUCCUGGUGUGCUGGCUGCCCUUCCACGUGGGCAGGAUCAUCUACAUAAAUACCGAAGACUCGCGCAUGAUGCACUUCUCUCAGUACUUUAACAUCGUGGCGCUGCAGCUCUUCUAUCUGAGCGCGUCCAUCAACCCCAUCCUCUACAACCUCAUCUCCAAGAAGUACCGGGCGGCCGCCCGGAAACUGCUGCUGCCCCGGCGGCCCACGCGGAGACGUGUCUGCAGGAGCGGGGCCGUGGAGGGGGGCCCGGGGAGGGCCGCUGCCGGCUUGGCGGAGACCGGCCCCCACGGGCACACGGCGGCGUCCCCCAGCGCAGCCAGGCAAGUGGCUUCCCGCCACGACCCUGGGACUUCAGGGAAAACAGGUGUGUAG